CCAUGUCCUCCCCGAGCGAGAGGUGAAGGACCCUCGAUCGGACCGUCGGGGGGAUUAUUUCCAGGAAGCACGGACAGGAGCCGUUCUGCAGCCUCUCCCCGCAGCGCGCCCAGGACGGCCGGGAGAUGAGCACGUCUCUGAGUUACAAGACUUUGUCCAAAGAGCAACAGACGAUGGACAACCUGGAGAAGCAGCUCAUCUGCCCCAUCUGCCUGGAGAUGUUCUCGAAACCCGUGGUCAUUCUGCCCUGCCAGCACAACCUGUGCCGCAAGUGUGCCAGUGACAUCUUCCAGGCCUCGAACCCCUACUUACCCACGAGAGGAGGCACCACGGUGGCCUCGGGGGGCCGGUUCCGCUGCCCCUCCUGUCGACAUGAGGUGGUGCUGGACAGGCACGGAGUCUACGGGCUUCAGAGGAACCUGCUGGUGGAGAACAUCAUUGACAUCUACAAGCAGGAGUCCGCCAGGCCAGAGAAGAAGCCCGACCAGCCCGUGUGCGAGGAGCACGAGGAGGAGCGCAUCAACAUCUACUGCCUCGACUGCCAAGUGCCCACCUGCUCCCUCUGCAAGGUGUUCGGGGCCCACAAGGACUGCCAGGUGGCUCCCCUGACUCACGUGUUCCAGAGGCAGAAGUCGGAGCUCAGCGAUGGCAUUGCCGUCCUCGUGGGAAGCAAUGAUCGAGUCCAGGGCGUGAUCAGCCAGCUGGAAGACACCUGUAGAACUAUUGAGGAAUGCUGCAGAAAGCAGAAGCAGGACCUCUGUGAGAAGUUUGAUCACCUGUACGGCAUUCUGGAGGAGAGGAAGAACGAGAUGACCCAAGCCAUCACCCGAACCCAAGAAGAGAAACUGGCACAUGUCCGUGCUCUCAUUAAGAAGUACUCUGAUCAUUUGGAAAAUGUCACAAAGCUGGUCGAGUCCGGAAUCCAGUUCAUGGAUGAGCCAGAAAUGGCGGUGUUUCUGCAGAAUGCAAAAACCCUGUUGCAAAAAGUCUCAGAAGCAUCAAAGGCAUUUCAGAUGGAGAAGCUAGAACACGGCUACGAGACUAUGAACCACUUCACAGUCAACCUCAACAGGGAAGAAAAAAUAAUCCGUGAAAUUGAUUUUUAUAGAGAAGAUGAAGAUGAAGAUGAAGAAGAAGAAAGAGAAGAAGGAGAAGACGUGGAAGAGGUAGAAAACGUUCCAAUAGAUUCAUCAGAAGAGGGAAGUGUAGACAAGGCCCCAGAGCCCGCUCAGCUGGCGGCUGAGCUCCACGCUGCCCCAGAUGCAUUUCUGGUUUGCUCUUCAGAGUCAUCUCCAGUCCUACCGCCUGCCCCCGCCGCCUCGGAGACACAGGGGGAGGUGGUGCCCACUUGCUCACCGCAGACCGCAGAGUCUGACCCUCCAGCCCCUGCAGCGGCGGAAACUCCGGACCCCCUGUUUUACCCUAGCUGGUAUAAAAAUCAGACCCGGAAAGCCACCGUCCACUCGCCUGGCACCCCAGAGAGUGAAGGUCUGGGGCACACAGGGUCUCCCGGUUGUGAGGAUUCGAAUGUGCCGUCGGCAGAAGUGGCGGAAGCCCCCGCCAGUGGGCGGGCGGCAGGGAGUGGUAAGGACACUAGUCCACCUGCAGCUGCCUCUCAGAUCGGGUCUGAGGCUCCUCCCUCUCCCCAGGCCCGGGCUGCAGCCCCCGGGGGCGGGAGCGGACCCAUCGCGGAGCCGGAGCGCCACGUCUUCUCCUUCUCCUGGCUGAACUCCCUGAGUGAAUGAAGCCCAUUCCAGCUGCCAUGCCUCUGUCUACCUGGCUGAGAUGCCCAAGGCUGGCCCAGGGGACAUUCAGAAGGUGCAAAUGACGAGGGGCACCUCUGGACGGGAUUUCUGAAAGAAAAGAGAAAAGAAAGAAAGAAAGAAAGAAAGA